AUGGGAUCAACAAAUGUGAUAUUUAGAACAGAUAUUCGCUUUGAUUCUAAUUAUAUUAAAACAAUACCGGGAAUGGUCAAAGCUGCUGUUAUUGUUCUUAACCUGCUUGGCUUCAUUUGCAUACAAUCCUCAGCUUUCUGGUCGAACGGGCGCGGCGUUUACUUCAACAUCGUCGCUCACUUAGGGCUAUGGUUCAGCUUCAUACUGCUGAUGAUGUACCUGUUCCACGUGGUGGAGAAGUACCAUAACUUCAUGUGGCUAAAAGUGGAAAUGAUUGCAUGUGGGGUCCUCGCUUUUUUGAACCUAAUAUCUUCAACCAUUGUUGUGGCAUUUGGUUCUGCUGGAUACUCUGCCGCAGGGUUUUUCGGCUAUCUAGCGAUGGUGCUAUACGGUUUCGAUGCUUUUCUAAAAGCCCGGGCGAUGCAAGCUGGCGAAUUAGCUCAAGGGUCGCGGGUUAUCAACAAACAGACGCACGUCACCACUCCACCCGCGCUCCCA